UUAGCUAAUAAUAACACCGAUAAUAAUAAGAGUAACAAUUCGAUGAAGCAACGGCGUAAGUAAGCGCUACUACCGACGGCAGGGAGGUAAAACCGAGUCCGAGGGAGGGCGAGAACCCGGAGAACCUCCGUUUGCUGUUCGUUUGUGUUCGAGACUUGACAAUGGCCGCCAGAGUGUUGUCCGUUGUACGAUCUAGGAGAGGAUUCAGUGGAUUAUGGAACGAAAUAGGACUCUUCGCUACUGGCAGGAGAGGAACUCCGGCAAUCAUCGGAAGUCAGCAGCGCUAUGCACACGCGUGGUAUCCGGAUGAAGAAUACUUGAUAGAUCUUUACAAAUUGGGUUGUAUGUACACUCCUGCGGAGGUGGGAAAAUGGAAACCUGGAUCCAUUAAGAAGGUCGAUGUAGUGGAGGAAACAGGGAUUAAAAAUAUAAGUAUUAAUUUUGGUCCGCAACAUCCAGCUGCGCACGGAGUGUUAAGAUUGAUCGUCGAGCUAUCCGGAGAGUAUGCGGUUCGCACAGAUCCGCACAUUGGUCUCUUGCAUCGUGGCACGGAAAAGUUGAUCGAAUAUAAAACGUACAUGCAAGCGUUACCUUAUUUCGAUCGUUUGGACUAUGUUUCUAUGAUGUGCAACGAACAAUGCUUUUCUAUGGCUAUUGAGAAGUUGCUCAACAUCGAGGUACCUCUACGUGGAAAGUAUAUUAGAACCCUUUUCGCCGAGAUCACGAGAAUUUUGAAUCAUAUUAUGGGAAUUGGAACGCAUGCGCUUGAUAUAGGCGCUCUGACGCCGUUUUUUUGGUUAUUCGAAGAACGAGAAAAAUUGAUGGAAUUCUAUGAACGGGUAAGCGGUGCGCGAAUGCACGCUGCUUACGUACGUCCCGGCGGCGUUUCUUUGGACAUGCCGCUAGGUCUAAUGGACGAUAUAUACGAAUGGGCUUCCAAGUACGCCGAACGAUUGGACGAAGUCGAGGAUAUGUUGACGUCGAAUAGAGUGUGGAUCGAUCGCACGCGAGACGUCGGUACGGUGUCGGCGGAGGAUGCGUUGAAUUGGGGAUUUAGCGGCGUGAUGUUACGGGGUUCGGGAAUAAAAUGGGAUUUGAGGAAAGUCGCGCCUUACGAUGCGUACGAUCUCGUCGAUUUCGACAUUCCCAUUGGUCAAAACGGGGAUUGCUACGAUAGGUAUCUUUGCCGUAUCGAGGAAAUGCGUCAGUCGUUGCGAAUCAUUUACCAGUGUCUGAAUCAGAUGCCACCGGGCGAAGUAAGGAUCGACGAUGCAAAAAUAGUGCCCCCGAGACGAGAAGAAAUGAAGAGCAGCAUGGAAGCGUUGAUUCAUCAUUUCAAGUUGUAUACCCAAGGUUUUCAAGUGCCGCCAGGUGCCACUUAUACCGCGAUCGAAGCACCGAAAGGAGAGUUUGGGGUUUACCUUGUCAGCGACGGCUCCAGCAAGCCCUACAGAUGUAAAAUCAAAGCUCCGGGUUUUGCUCAUUUAUCUGGGUUGCGUCACAUGGGCCCCGGCUGUAUGCUCGCCGAUAUCGUAGCCAUCAUCGGUACCUUGGAUGUUGUAUUCGGCGAAAUCGAUAGAUAGAUGGAUUUUUUCAAGCGUUUCUCGAGGUUACGAUACCGACGAGCGACGACGACCACGAAUCCUCUGUAGUCGAUUCGUAUUUGUACAGUACAGUAGCGAUAUAUCGCAAUCGUAACAGAAUCGCGAGAAAGAGAAAUAAAAUGGAUUUAUUAGCCAG